AUGAGAAAUUCCGCCGUAGGGUCCGAGAAAACAUACACGAUAGAAAUAUUCGCGGUUCAUGGCUUCGGACAGGAUGUGAACGACUCUUGGAGGCACCCGAGCUCUCACAAGCUAUGGUUAGAAGACUUCCUUCCACGCUCUCCAAUGAUGAGCACUGCGAAAAUCUGGCCCUAUUCCAUGCAGAACUUUACUCAAUUCUCGGACAUAAGAAUUUUCACACUUGCCGAACAGCUUUUAAACGAUUUAUCAGAUGAUAGGGAAACAAAGUUUAAAAAUAUUCUUGAUUCUACGAAAGCCGUUCUUUUCUUUUCGACCCCGCAUCAAGGUUCCACUCGUGCCGACUGGGAGGUCCAUCUUCAAAAUCUUGGAAAUAUCUGGAAUUUAGAGUCAAGUCCAUUGAAUGAGCUUAAAUUGUGGUCAUACAGUUUGGCUGAAAAGACGAUGGCCUUUAGUGAAAUUGCGCCAGAGCUUGAUAUCACUACGUUUUUUGGGACGUUGGGGAAGAGAGUUGUCGAUGAAGGUUCCGCUCGUCUUGGACUGCGGAAUGAACGUGUGGUGGCGCUUCAUACUACUGACGAGGAUAUUUGCAGAUUCGCAGAUGAGCAAGACUCGAAUUACAUACGUGUUUUGCGCAGACUGGAAGCAGUAGUGGGGGAUAUUUGUAGGCAACCAUCACUGGAACAUACCAUAAGGAUGGCGAAUUCCCUUUUCGAGUUGGUCAUGAUUAAACUGACCUACACAGACAUGCCCACAGAAGUGCCCGCUGAGUUCACAACGUGCAUGGACUCUCUGCGCCUCCAGAGUUCCGAAGUUCAGACGGUCAAUAUUGAGAGCCCUGAGUUGGCAACUUACAAAUGGAUAAAAAACCAUAAUGAAUUCAAGGCCUGGAAACAAGGUGCAUCCGGGCUUCUCAUUGUUUCCGGACAGCUUGGGUGCAACACAACUGUGCUGGCAAAAUACAUGGAGGCUGAGUUGCAAGACACUGUAUCAUUCUUCAAUGAUCAAAUAGGGCACCACGUUGAGCCACGGAUGGUCUGCGCUCUGGUAUUUUCCAUCCUUAAUAAAAAAGGGCUACGCAGCCUCCAGUUUCAAGUGCUGGAAGAAUACUGGAAGCUCAGGAAAUGUAACGGGGCAGGGGCGAAAUGGCCUCCCAAAGUCCAUAGAAAACUGUUACUUUCAUUUCGGGUCGUGCCCUGCAUACUUAUCCCUGACGCUUUAGACAAGGCAAGUGACAUCAAUGAGAUAGCUGGCCUACUAGAAGACAUGCUAUCGCCCAAAAACCCUGGAGGCAGAAAUCUCAAGCUACUUUGUACUGUGAAAUCUACUGGUACUCUGCAAUUGGCACUCCCAAACCACCCCCACAUUUCCCUGGAUUGUAUGAGCAACGCUGGAAAGGGCAUACUGCAAUGGGUUUUGUUUACAAAACGAGCCCUAUUGGUAGCAGAAUUUCGAGCGGUCGUUGAUAUGGAUACAGUUCUAAAAGAAGAAUUACUAUCAGACACAAACAAAUUUGAGAAACAAGUCGUACACAAUUGCCAGGGUUUCAUUGAAAUCCGAAAUGGCGAGAUUCAGCUAGUACAUGGCCAUGCCACGCGGGAUUAUUUGCUUGGUAACUUACAGCUCUGGUGGUCCGAAGAUGACGUGGAUACACUUGAAGUAUCAUCCCACUCAUAA